AUGGAAGAAGGGUUGUGCCAGGACUCGGUUCAUGGUUCUGGUUUGGUUGAUAAAACUAGGAUUGUAGAGGUUAAACCCCUGCGUAGUUUGGCACCUAUGUUACCAAAAUCUCUUCAAUCUUCUCUCUCUAGACGGUACCCUUCUAGGUUUUCUCCAUUUGUUUUGUUUGAGGAACCUGAAGAGUCUCAGCCCUCACCUGCUCCCAUACCAGCUCCAAUAAGGUCCUUUAGGAAACCACUAGAUGAAGAAGAAAUACCUCAUGGAGUCAAUGGAGACCCAUCUUCACCCAUGGAUGGUCUCAAUGGUAAGAGUGUCGACGAUAACCAAAGGCGUAUUGUGCAGCCUAUGAACAGUUGCAAAUCAUCCCAAAAGAAGAGUAGGAAAAUUCCAGAGUUUGGUUCAAGUUCUUUGAUUGGUGGUAUUAGUGUGGCCCAAAGAGAUGAUGGUGAUCGCAAAGUGGUUACUCUUGUGCUCAUGACUUUUGAUUCUCUUCGGAGAAGGCUGUGCCAACUUGAAGAUUCCAAGGAGUUGAACACAACUAUGGUAAUCAAGCGAGCAGAUUUAAGAGCAAGCACUGUGAUGACAGGCAAAGCUUUUCGAACAAACAUGAAAAAGAGAGUAGGAGCAGUGCCUGGGAUUGAGAUUGGGGAUAUAUUCUUUUUGAGGAUGGAAAUGUGUCUUGUGGGUUUACAUGGCCAGUCAAUGAGUGGAAUUGACUAUAUGAACAUAAAGGAUGAGUUUCAGGAGGAACCUGUGGCUUUAAGCAUUGUUUCGUCAGGAGUAUAUGAUAAUGAUGCAGAGGAUGAUGAUGUUUUAAUUUAUAGUGGACAGGGUGAGAACUUCAACAAGAAAGAUAAACACGUGAUUGAUCAGAAGCUUCAAAGGGGUAAUCUUGCUUUAGAUAGAAGUUCACAUCGCCAUAAUGAAGUAAGAGUCAUCCGGGGCUUGAAAGAUGCUGGGAAUAAAAAUGUAAAAAUCUAUGUCUAUGAUGGUCUGUAUAAAAUUGAAGAUUCUUGGAUAGAGAAAGGAAAGUCUGGUGGUGGUGUAUUCAAGUACAAGUUUGUUAGAUUGCCGGGGCAACCUAGUGCUUUUGCUGUUUGGAAAUCAGUUCAAAAAUGGAAGACAGGCUCAUCUUCAAGGCCUGGCCUUAUUCUUGGAGACCUCUCCACAGGAGUUGAGAGUAUUCCUGUAUCACUUGUCAAUGAUGUUGAUAGUGAGAAGGGGCCUUGUUUUUUCACCUAUACCAAAUCUAUCAUAGAUCCAAAACCAUUCAGUUUAGUGCAAUCUUCAUAUGGCUGCAACUGUAACAAAACAUGUGUCCCUGGUGAUUUGAGCUGCUCUUGCAUUCAAAGAAAUGAAGGUGACUUUCCAUAUAUUGCAAAUGGUGUUCUAGUGAGUCGGAGACCAUUGGUUCAUGAGUGUGGCCCAAUGUGUAAGUGCUUUCCUAACUGCAAGAACCGAGUAACGCAGACAGGUUUGAAGCAUCAAAUGGAAGUUUUCAAAACCAAAGAUAGAGGGUGGGGACUUCGAUCACUUGAUCCUAUACGUGCUGGUACUUUUAUUUGUGACUAUGCAGGAGAAUUUAUUGACAGAGCCAAGGUAAAUAAUGGGGGAUAUGAUGAUGAGUAUGUUUUUGAUACAAGUCGUAUUUACAACCCAUUCAAAUGGAAUUAUGAUCCUAGCUUAUUGGAAGAAAUAAGCUCAAAUGUCUCUAGUGAGGAUUAUACUAUACCGUCACCUCUAAUUAUCAGUUCUAAGAACUAUGGAAAUGUGGCUAGAUACAUGAAUCAUAGUUGCUCUCCUAAUGUUUUCUGGCAGCCAGUCUUGUAUGCUGAAAAUAAUCAAUACUUUCUUCACAUUGCAUUUUUUGCCCUCAGACACAUUCCUCCAAUGACAGAGUUAACAUAUGAUUAUGGAUGUUCUGGUCAUGCUGAUGAUAGCAGUGCACCCCAAGGGAGAAAAAAAUGCUUAUGUGGAUCCACAAAAUGCUAUGGUUCUUUUGGUUGA